UCCUUCUCCUGCAGCCGGAAUUAGCAACUGGGGAUGGAAAGGCAGUUCUGGGGGUUGCAGCUGGAGGCAUCUGAAAUGGAAAGUUCAAAUCAACACUGGGUGGAAACACUGUUUUCUCCUCAUUUCAGCCAGGAGGAUUUUUUAAAUCAGACCCAUCAGCCUAAGCCAUUGAUUUGUGAAAAGUUGAAGUUAGAGACAGCAAGCAAAAUGAAAGAACUCUACAGUAUGGCAAUGACCAAGUUUCAAGAAGAAAGGAAGUUCCAUACCAAGGACUCUCCUUCCAAACUUGUAAAAAAGCAUGAGCCAAGCUUAGUGGGGACAAAGAUAAACAAUUUAAAGGAGGAAACAGAAGGAGAUACUGCCUGCUGGGGAUCCCCUAAUUUAGAUGUUGGAUCUGAAGGCAGCAUUGCGGAAACAGAAGGCCAUUGUAUCUGGAAUGCAAAGGAAUUUGCAACUUUAAGAGAAAAGAUGCACAAGGAGCAUUUGGAAAGCAUUUUUUUAAAACUUCAGCUGUCCUUCUUAAAGACAGAGCUGUUAGAACUUAAAGCUAAAUGCAAAAAAUUAGUGGCAGAAUUUAAUCAAACUAAACAACAGUUGAGCAGUUCCAGAAAAGAGACUCUUUGUAAGACUGCCCAGUUAGAACAGAUUCAAAACCAAAGUUGCAAAAAAGAUUUUGAGAUUGAAGCUUUACAACAAGAACUAUAUGAGAAAUCAGCAUGCCUCAGAAGCCUAAAUGCAGAUUUGCAGCAAGCACGUGGAGAAAUUCUGCAUUUAAAUCUGCAGGAGAAAGAGUUGCAACAAGAGAUAAAGAAGCUAAAAGAACAUCAGCAUUUUGAAAAUAAGUUAUCCACAGAAAAGGUGAAACUCUGCUGUGAUGCAGAAAUUAGAAAAAUACGGAGAGAGCUGGAGGAUGCUAAAAGGGAACUGGAUGCAGAAAAAGCCACACAUGCCCAGAAUGUUAAAGCUUUAGAAAUGCUUAAGAAACACUUUUUGGCCCAGCCAUCAUCUGACCUAGCUGAAAAUCUGAGGAUCUGUUUUCUUUAACAGAAAUGAAAUUUUUUUAAAAAAAUGAUUGCAAGUCUCUAAUUCAUUAUAGUUUUUGUUUUGUUUUAGUCUGGGGAACUUUUAAAAUGCACUGAUCUGCGAUGACAAAACAGCAUCUUUUUUCUUCAAAGAGUCUUGUUUUGGGGGAAUUCGGAUUUGAUUCCAUCUCAGAGAACCCUUGUGAGUCUUAAAGCCACAGGCCUCUAUUGUGUCAUCUUUUUGCAAUACUAGCCAGCUUUUUUUUUCCACGAGAGAACAGCUUUGCCAAGGAACACUAGUUCUUAUUGAGAGAAUCAUGUCUGGGAUGCUGAGUUUCAAUGAACCAUUUUAUAUCCCUCACUGUUUAUUGUGUGAACUCACAAAGGGAGGAUAAACUAGUUUUUAAAAUGCUGUUAUUUGCCUGUAGAUGAAAUUGGUAACAUUAGAGAGAUCAUUCAAUUAAAAUACUCUAUCAUAGCAUUAAAUA